UUCCUGUCUUUCUCGAGACACUGGUAAUUCCCCCCGCCCAUUGUUUUACCUUUUCUAGAACGCCUUACAAAUGAAAUCUACAGUGUGUAGCCUUUUGCGUCUGGCUUUUUCCACUUAGCAUAUUAUCCAUGCUAUUAUGUGAUCCAGUUGUCCUUUUUUAUUGCUGAUUGGUUGAUAAUUUUUAUAGGAAAAAACAGUAGAAAAAUCAGUCUAGGAAAGUAAACAUUUUAACUUAGGUAGGGACCAUACAUCCCAGUUUGCUUGGAACAAACCUGGUUAUGCCUAUUGACCCAGCAUAAUUUUUAGUAGACCUCCUUUUACUCUCAAAAGUGUCUUGGUUUAGAUGAUAAAUUACAUAGUCACUCUAAACUGAAGUCAUAGUUGACUUGCUGUAGAGUGUUGUCAGAUUUGCCUUCCAAAAUGCACCAGAAUUGAAUAUAUCUAUAUUUAAUAUAAGUAUUAUGGUGAUAGCAGUAAUAACUUAUAUGCUUUCUUAUUUUGAUCUUCACAGCAAAAUCUCCAUUUUACAUUUAAGAAAACAAAUUCAGAAUAGGUUAAAUGAGCUGCCAGAAAUCAUGAGCUAAAAAGUGAUACCCUGUGUUAUUUCUCUACACGUGCCGUCCUUCACGUCUCACUCGUUGGUAUUCAAGAGAUUAUGGCAUCUGAAACUCACAAUGUUAAAAAACGGAACUUUUGUAAUAAUAUUGAGGAUCAUGCGAUUGAUCUUCCUAGAAAAAGGAACUCUAAUUUCACUAAUAAGAACAUGAAGGAGGUUAAGAAAUCUCCAAAACAGUUGGCUGCUUACAUUAAUAGAACAGUUGGACAAGCUGUGAAGACCCCAGAUAAACUACGUAAGGUGAUCUAUUGCAGAAAGAAAGUUCAGCGUCCUUUUCCACAUCCUUGUUACAGAAAAAAACAGUCCCCUAGAAGUGGGGGCUGUGUCAUGGCAAAUAAAGAAAAUGAACUGGCUUGUGCAGGCCACCUGCCUGAAAAAUUACACCAUGAUAGUCGAACGUAUUUGAUUAACUCCAGUGAUUCUGGUUCUUCACAGACAGAAAGUCCAUCAUCAAAAUAUAGUAGCUUUUUUUCUGAGGUUUCUCAGGACCAUGAAACAAUGGCACAGGUUUUGUUCAGCAGGAAUUUGAGGUUGAACGUAGCUUUAACUUUCUGGAGGAAGAGAAGUAUAAGUGAGCUUGUAGCCUAUUUGGUGAGGAUAGAAGAUCUUGGAGUUGUGGUGGACUGCCUUCCUGUGCUCACAAAUAGUUUACAGGAAGAAAAACAAUACAUCUCACUUGGCUGCUGUGUGGAUUUAUUGCCUCUAGUAAAGUCACUGCUUAAAAGCCGAUUUGAAGAAUAUGUAGUAGUUGGUUUAAACUGGCUUCAAGCAGUCAUCAAAAGGUGGUGGUCAGAACUCUCAUCCAAAACAGAAAUGGUGAACGAUGGAAAUAUUCGUAUUUUAAAACAACAGUUAAAUGGAUUGUGGGAACAAGAGAACCAUCUUACUUUGGUGCCAGGGUACACUGGUAAUAUAGCUAAGGAUGUAGAUGCUUAUUUAUUACAGUUGCAUUGAGAGAUAUCAUCUGCUAAAGAGUGCUUGGGUAUUCCAAACAUCCCUGGACCAUGACUUCCAGAAAAAUGUCUCUUCUGAGAACUCUCAACUGUGGAAGAAAUCAAAACCAUUUUUUCUUUUAAAAAGCCACAUAAUGAAACCACUAAUGAAAUCCUAACAAUCUACUUCACAUUGAAGUGGAAAAAUAUCCGAAAGGAGCAGCUUCAGCUUCAGUGAGGUGAAAGUAUACUAUGAAGACUGGUGGGCCUUCACCGCAUUUGGGAGUUACAUGGUUGUUUCAGAAUAUUGUUUAAGAACUACUGGAUCUUAAUGCACUCCUGCAUAAGAAUAUAAUUUAUACUGUGUGAAAAAAUAAGACAGGACUUACUAGUAGGAACCACAAAGACCAAUCAUCAUGAAUUUUUUAAGAUUGUAUUUUAUAAGAAAACACUUAAAUGUAUGCAGCUAUUUUCUUAUGUUGAAAAGACUUUGAAAGUUUAAAACAUCAUAGCAAAUGAUAUUAAUUUUUUUUGUUCACACUGAGAUACUAUGUAUGUAAAAUGCCUUAAAUAUUAAUAAGCCAAUAUGUUAAGAUACCAAGAUCUGUUAAAAAAAUUAAAACCAACCGUACUUCUGACAUAAUAAAAUCAUGGAAUUAAAUGACAGAUUUACCUUCAUGUAGAAUGUUGUUGAAACCUAUUCCAUACCAUUUUUAAAACUUGAGAAUAUUUUUAGUAUUUCUGAUUGUUUUUUUUCUUGGUCAGAAUCGUGUCAUGUAUGUAUGUGUUAUAACUAUAUAAAAGGAAAAAAGGUGACUAUAUGUAUGAAUGUUUAACUGGAAGUGUCCAUGGAGUUGGCUAAUUUAUGUUCACUUUUUAUUGUAUAUAAAUUUCUAGUAUUUUUAGUUCUGUAUCAUUUAAGCUUCUUCCAUUUGAGUAAAUACACUAAAUAUUUCUAUUUUUUGCUUUUUUUUAAUUCUAAUGAUUUUAUAUGAAUUCUAAUUCCUUCUUUUUCACUACAUAUGUUUUAGAGUUACAUAUAAUGCUUUAGAAAUGUUUAUGCUUGUGCUGACCAUGUAUUUUAAUUCAAACACUUUGCAUUACUACCUCCUCCAGUGGUUGAUAGGAAAUGCCAGUAGACUGUCUGAAGUCUUUUUUCUUUUUUUUUUUUUUUGUAAUAGAGUAUUUAGUGUCAAAGAACCAAAUUCUAGAAUGUCUUAACAGCUGUAUAUCUUAACCUGUCUUGAAAGUGAUUGGGGUUUAAUACCACUACUGGGUGGUUUGUAUAUCAUCUCAUGUUUAAUAAGCCCGAAAGGCAUCUGAGCAAAGAUUUUUAUUUAUUUUUUCUGCACAAACAAAGCUUUAUUGAGAGAAGUAACUCGCGAGCAGAGACAAAGGGACAAUGCAAUGUUAACCUUUGUCUCCCUGAAUAAAGGAUUGCUAGGGCUUAUAAAGGUUUUUAGGUGGGAAAAGGCAUCAUCUUUAUUGCAGAGAUUUUUAUUGAAUUUCUCUGCAGUAAUUCUCCAAGCAAUUGAACGUAAAUCUUUAGCAUUUACCCAACCAGUGACUGCUGAUGUGAAUUCCAAACAAGCAUCUUUCUUGCUUUAAAAAUGUUAAAAAUAUUGCCUUUCAGUGAGUUCUAUUUUUAUGUAGCUGCGUUUUGCAUAGCUGUGUAUU